CGCUCUCUCAGUCUCCGUAUCGAGUGCAACUAGACCUCCUUGCGUGCCGCCGCAGUUCCUAGAUCGAGCCACCAGCAUUAGGUUAAUUUUCCGUCUGUCACCGCCUUCCAGCAGCACCGUCGCGCCUCACCAACCGCCACCGUCAGCCUUCCUUCGCCGCUCGAGCACGAUUUGGCUAUUGAUAGAUUCUAAAAGUAGCCCUUGUAGAAAAUCCCAAUUGUGGAAAUCCACACCACCAGGUACCAAGCUCAAUUAGACACCCCCCUAACGUGCCGCCGCAGUUCCUAGAUCCCGGCCCGUCGAGCCACCAGCACUAGGUUAAUUUGCCGUCUGUCACCGCCUUCCAGCAGCACCGUCGCGCCUCACCAACCGCCACCGUCAGCCCUCCUUCGCCGCUCGAGCACGAUUUGACUAUUGAUAGAUUCUAAAAGUAGCCCUUGUAGAAAAUCCCAAUUGUGGAAAUCCACGCCACCAGGCUGACGCUAUUCCUGAAUGGCAUUUGUCGUAAAAUCCCCAUUUUGCAUCAGCCGCACAACUUGGCGAGGAAACAAUAAUAUGCUAAAUCCAUCUUCCGACUCGAGAAUUGUGAAAUCAGUAGGUAUUAGAAUAAAUUCUAGGCUUCCUGCUGGUCGGGAUUUCUCGGUCAAGAUGUCAAGCGCACAAGUAGAAUCUCUCCAGCUGGUGCCUACUGUUGCACCACCCAAGGAUCUUGGAAUUCCUAUUAUGGUGAAUGGUUGUACUGGAAAAAUGGGGAGGGCUGUGCUCGAAGCAGCUAUGGCCGCUGGGCUUAACCCUGUUCCUGUAGUGUUAGGCGGUCCAGACGAUUCAGGGAAGAUCCUGGAUUUUGGUGGGAAACAAAUUGAAGUGCAUGGUCCCUCCGACAGAGAAUCUGUUCUAUCUUCUGCGUUUAGUGAUUAUCCGAACCUGAUUGUGGUGGACUACACAUUGCCAGCUGCUGUGAAUGACAAUGCUGCACUGUACUGUAAAGUUGGAGUACCUUUUGUAAUGGGAACCACUGGGGGAGACAGGGAACUUCUGUAUAAGACUGUGGCUGACUCGAAUGUUUAUGCUGUGAUAUCUCCCCAAAUGGGUAAACAGGUGGUGGCAUUUCUUGCAGCAAUGGAAAUUAUGGCAAAACAAUUUCCAGACGCAUUUUCUGGGUAUAAUCUACAAGUAAUGGAGUCGCAUCAAGCUAGCAAGGUGGAUAUUUCUGGAACUGCUAAGGCUGUCAUCACAUGUUUCGAAGAUCUGGGGGCCUCAUUUGAACGAGACCAGAUCCAGCUAAUAAGGGACCCUAGAAUGCAAAUUGAGAUGGUGGGAGUCCCAGAAGAGCAUUUAAAUGGUCAUGCAUUCCACAUGUAUCACCUAACAUCACCUGAUGGAUCUGUUUCCUUUGAGUUUCAGCACAAUGUUUGUGGCAGAUCAAUUUAUGCAGAAGGCACUGUUGAUGCUGUACUUUUCCUCGCUAAAAAGGUUAAAUCCAAUUCAGACAAGAGGAUAUAUGAUAUGAUUGAUGUUCUCCGCGAGGGUAAUAUGAGAUAAGUACGCAUGAACUUUUGUUUUUUCAUGUUAGUCCCCUUGUCCUUGCAAUGUUUCUGUCACGUAGAAGGAAACAAAUUUUGGCUCUGUGGAUACUGAGGUGAUUCCCGAUCGAAACUAAAAAUAUCAUGUGAUUUAUUAGCAACAAAUUCCCUCUCUCUCUCAAAGCGGAGAUACGUAUGUCUUUGCAUAUGUUUCCUCGACAAAUGGUCAGUUCAAUGUUGUUGUCUUAGGCCUCGUUACGUAAUAAGAUUAGAUUGUUCCUGAUAACCUAUUAUGUGAUUAUCUUUAUGUUUUCUGUUCAUGAUUAUAAAAUCCUUGUGUCCUAUAAUAUUUGCAAGAUAUGUUGUUUGAGAAUGAUGACUAUAUUGGAUUUUUUUAUAACUU